CGACAGGACUUGCUUCCCGAGUGUAAAAAGCCACUACAACCGCCUUCUGGGCAAAGAGAGAGGUUCUGCUGUUGACCUUGUUUAAGAUGAAGGAUUCUGCCAUAAUCUGCCUCAUUUGUUACGUUUUCUCCGCAUUGCAAGGUUACGGUGAGUAAAGCACUUGUUAUUUACUCAUUCAUAGAAUCAUUCGGCCACGUGAGUACGGCAGACUAGAGUUGAGGGAAGAGCUGAUUUGCUGAAAAUUAAGUGCAUGAUGCCUAGGAGAACAUCUAAGACCGAUUCAAAUGUACACUGAUUAUAAGGCGAUGUACAAAGAAUUUACAAUUACCAUGCGUCUUUGACUUGAAUGAAUGAACACCGACCCAAUAUUUUACACCAGCUUCUACACACUUCCGCUCCACAGUCUUUCGUUGUAUGGUGCAGGCUUUGUCACAAAAUUUUGUUUUUUGUUGCUUCUGUGAGUGUAGAAAAGGGCAAAAAAAAUGUAGACAUCUUCUGUACAAUACAGAAGCCAUAAUUACAGCAUUCUUGUUCGAAAGACACAGGGGAAACCCCUCUGUUCAGAUGGACAGAACCAUUAAAGGAUAUUUUAAGAAGACAAAGAAUCGAAGCGCUUAAUUAUGCCAAUAUAAUCAAGUGUCUCCCUUUAAGGGAAAUCUAAGAAGAAUUUAAGGUGAUUUUUGGGCUCUGGAUGCCCUUAAAAAUUUAACAAUCCUAUAAAUUGUUCGAAAACGAAAGCGAACCAGCUACCCACGCCCAAAAGUUCACAGCUCGAGCGCUCCAACAUAAAUACCUUAUUACUUCCGGUGUAUUUUCCCAGUACCCGGUACUCGCCAUGUGCACAUUUCUCUUUUUAUUUUCUGUAAAAUAUGAGAGUGUCCAACUUCUCGGCCUUGGGAAGUUGAAGGAAGAGUGGUUUACUUCAGCUUAGUAAAGACCCCGUCUAUAGUUCAAGUUUAAAGGUUUAAAAGGAAAUAAAGCCCAGAAAUUAUACCAUGUGAAAAUACUGUCGUUCCAGUAUAAGCCCGUGUAAGGAGGUGUCCCCUGGUCACAUCCGGCCCGGCCCAUCGAUAAACAUUUCUUUCCCAAGCAUAGUUAUGAUUAAGUAGGGUAUUAAAAUCAAAAAUGCGUUCAUUUUUGGGUAAAACCCCAUUUUCUUGCCCCCGUCCUAUGGCGAUACAGCCACACACGAUAUAAAAACUAAAAAGCCCUUAAUGUUAAGUUCGUCAAAUCCAACGUUAUUUUUGUAUUAUAACGAACCGUAGUCGAGUUACGUUUUCUAACUUGGUAAAUGAUGACCAAAACGAAAACACACGGUAUCAGAACCAAAAUUUAUACGUUACUUUAGUAAUCUAUUAUCGUAUUAUGAUAUGUUUUCCAGUUAAUUUUUACAACAGUUUGUUGUUGUUUUUUCAACGGGUUUGAAUGACUCUAAGAAUUUGUGGAGGAUAAUCGAAAACGGAAAUGAACUGCCUUUAAUACCGAACCAAAAGCAAAGGUCGGUACCGGAACUAAAUAUUACAUUACUACGUACGUUAUUUCCGGUAUCUGUUAGUGGAGUCACGGCAUGAUGGGAAGAUCGGUGUGGCACUUCGCGAUUUCUCCGCGUUUCGCAAAAUUUCCCGCUGCCCCCAAAAUAUUCAAUUCCCCAAAUCGUCUUUUGUGAAAAUGAUAUAGUUUUAAAAAAUUUUUAUUGACGAGAAUUAUGGCUUAAAUCAGACCCUGGCAGUCGAUGUUUCAGCCGAAAAUGAAUAUGAAAUCGAGUUCUCGCAAACGUGCAAUUCAGUGACGUUUAAGAAGCGAUUAAGUCCAAAAAUCUUGGGUGACAGCAGAUCGUUUUUCUUUUAGAUUUCAAUCGCACAGUUUUUAGCUGGUUUCCUGUAUACUAUGGUAAGCCUGCUUAAGAAACUGUACGGCCGUUUCAACGAAGGAAGAAUUAUUGCGUGACGAGCCAUGGAAGAUUAACCUCAGUUAUGAAUGCGAAGAAUUUGAUGGACGCUUGCCAUUGGGAUCGGAUUACAUGUCAGUUGAGGAGCGAAGGAGGACAUAUUCGUUUACUGUGGGCGUUAUUCGUAGACUCGAUUGUCAAAACUAAAAUAGUCCAGCAUUUCUUCUUCCAAAACCCGCAACCUCUAAGAGAACGUGACGGCUUCUUUUCAAAGCUAAUGUAUUUCGUGAUUUACAUUUCAUAAAGAACCUUUCAACGGACAAUUAGUUUCAGUCUUCAUACAUUGAACCGCAGUACGAUCACCGCGGAAUACCGUAAAAUUCCGAAAAUAAGCCCCUCCAUGUACAAGCGUCCCAAAACGGCAACGCAGAAAACGCUCAAUCCCCCCUCCAAAUAUAAGCCCCCCAGGGGCUUGUCCUUUGAAAUUGCCCUCAAAUACAUUUACAAAGUAAAACAAAGCAAAAACGGUAAAUUUACCUCCAACUAUAAGGCUAGCCCAAUCGAUUUUGAAACGAAAAUUUCCGUCCGUAGAUAAAUCCCUCCGAAUAUAAGCCCCUCAAAAAUAAGCCCCUCAAAAAGGGCCUUCGAAAAAUGUACGUCCCGGGGCUUAUUUUCGGAAAUUUACGGUAUACCAGUGAAAGAAGCAAUCUUCUCUUUCCCCUUCCCAUCGUGCCCCGCGCGCUUUUUCCCCUCUCCCUAGCCUCCCUGCGACACAAAGGAGAGAGUUUUCGAUCCUCGUGGCCAAACCAAUACCCAUGGUCAAAGUCUUGAAAUAACUGAGAAAUGAAAGUACAUGCCCGUGCCCUGCAAACGGCUAGGCCUUCGCGUGGCUUGGAUGACAAUGUGAGAAUGGCGGUUGCGUCGCCAGUAGGAUCCAGUAGGAGAAGUAAAAAAUCCUCAAUUAAUAAUACUCUUUCGUUGCGUUUUUUAAAGGCGUGACUGUUUCUUUUCUUGUACUUUUUCUUUUGUCCUCAGUUAUAAAAUACUGUUAAAGAAAUGUACCUAGACUACUCGUAGUCUACCUGCGUUCAGCUGCAGUCAAGAAACUAAUACCCAUUCGGACCCAAUUAAGCACAGAUCAGAAAAGGCGCUGGGAAAGUAGCACUUUGACACUUUUGUUACCGCAGUUACUUACUUUCAGUUAUUCUGUUUUUUUUCUUUCUCAGUGGCUGAGCCGAUAAAGCUGCCGCCUGUCAAAUGCAACGAACCAGUACUUGCAACAGUAAAAGUUGAUCCCCAGCAUAGAGUCCGACCUUACUAUGUCCGACUCCACCGUUGUGAGGGUUCGUGGAAGGAGGUCAAUCCGAAUCUCAAGAAGUGCGUUGCUCUUGGUAUACAGCAUAUCAACAUAAAAGUGUUUUCAUUUGAGACAAAGAAAUAUGAAGUUCGUUCUGUGGAUAACCACACAAGGUGUGGUGCAGAGUGUACGACAGGUGGCCCAGAUAAAUGCGACCCUUACGUGAAGAGGUGGAAUAACGACACCUGUAAAUGUGACUGUGCGUUUAACGACGAACCACCACCUUCACCACGUCAUUCAAAGAAAGACUUUAGGUGAGAACUCAUAUAUACAGUCAAACCUCUAUUUACCUGUGUAUUAAGCGGCCGCUUAUCAAAUCCAAGUUCACCGUUUAAAUGACAUGUAUUUAGCGGUCACCUCCAUCAAGUACGCGCGGUCACCCUCUAGGCUUCCCAAUUGGCCAAUUUUAGUUGGAUAAUAGUGCGAUGUUUUGACAAGAUAAACAAAGCAAUUUCACUUGUUAAACGUCUUAUAAAUAAAAACAUACAUAUUGUAAACAAAGGAGGUAGCGUGGCCGAGUGGCCAGUUCCCGAGGCUCGCUCUCGCCACUUACUGGAGUUGUUUGCGGUCGUUCCGAGCUCAAAUCCUCGACUACGCUCGUAAAUAACCAACUGGUUCCCUUCUGUUAGAAUACCUCUUUUACAGCGGCGGUCAUCUAACUAUUUAGCAAGGGUGACCGACUGUAUGUUACAAACGGAAGUACACUAGGAAGUUACUUGUGGACCGGUUACCUUAGGUUCAUAUACCGUAAAUCCUCUAUUAAGCCCCCUCUCAAAUAAGCCCAUCCCUCUAAUAACCCCCCCUCUUUUAGAAGCUCCCCCUCUCUUUUAAGCCCCCCUCUCUUCAUUCUUAUUAUUCUUCAAAAAAAAAAAUGAUAGACUGUAUUCACUGUAGACUGUAAAACCUCGUGUGGACUGAUCCAGGAUGGAUUAUUCACCACCUGGAAGUUCGGAUUUGUUUUAUUCUUUGGCUGCAUGGCCUUCAACCUUUUGUACUUGAGCGUUUCCACCUGGCAUUCUAGUUUUUUAUGGAGAACUGAUGCCAUUGUCUUAGCUAAACUAAAUAAGCCCCCUCUCUCAAAUAUGUCCCCCGUGUCUAUCAGCCCCACCUCAAAUGCUUUACGGCAUUUAAAUUUUACUUUCCCACUCGUCACUCACGAGUUUUCUACCACUUCUCUACGUGUCCAUUUUAAGCUAUUUCCGAGUUUCAAACCUCUUCCUUAGUCUUAAAACGAGGCCAACUGCAAAACCUGUCGUGUGAAAAUGAGUUUAACACAACGCCGUUGAGGCAGCUCGAAAUUGACCUACUCAUCUCAAGUUGCCGUUCUAGCCACUCCUGUUCGAGUUGCCGAGUGCUCCAAGAGCUUCAGUCCCAAUCCAGAUGGAAGGAUUAGGGGCAACUCGUUACAGAGAAGUGAUCAUAAGUGGAUCUAGUUGGAAUUAUAAACGGGGUUUCCCUUUUUUAUCGUUUCCUCCUUCUCAUUUCAUGGACGUGUGCUUUUUCCCCUCAGGUGGAAUAAACACCUUUGUAAUUAUGAAUGCAAUCGAUCGCCGAUUGACUGCCCACCAAAAAAGGUAAGACGGCUUUAUUAAAUGCUAGAAAUUUUGAACUUAAAGUCCGUUUUAGUGGCCUGCAUCUUCCAGAAUAACAGUAAAGUUUCGGAAAGUGAAUAUGAUCUUUACAGUAGAAUGAACAAUGAAGCUAAGCGACUGAAAAUAAUUAUUAACCCCAAAGGAGUUGCUUGUUUAGCAGCUCAGUAUUCAUCAUAACAUUUGUAACCCAUUUGGAUAGCUUCACACCAAUAGACGAAAACUGGAAUACAACCGGAUGAUUACAGAACUGCUAUAACACAAAAUCUGUACGGGGACCCAAUUUCACUUUAUUAAAACAAACGGGAGCGGGUCGUACAGACGCCUGUCUAAAUAAGCGGUCAUUAGCGAUUGUUUCUGCCUUUCCUAGGUCAUUUUCACAGGGGCGGAUCUAGGGGGAGGGUGCUGGGGGUGCGCACCCCCACCUCCCCCCCUGAGAUGACCUGCAGUUUUCUAAUACAACUGGUAUUCUGCACAAAAAAAAAACUUUGUGGUUUAUUGGAGAUGAAGUAGAGCAAGGGACGAGUGCACCCCCUCCUAAAAAAAUCCUGGAUCCGCCCCUGUUUCAUUGGUUCUUUGUAAUCGGGAAGUCCUAUCUUAACGCCGAACGAAGAUCCCAAAGAUGUCCAUUUCAAUGACACUUUACUGUAGUUGCUGUUGCUCGAGUGAGGUUCGUUUAUGCUUAUCCCCUCUGCACCGAUAUCAAACUAGGUGUACUGUAAAAGUGAAAUGAGCUGUAAGUACUUUUCUAUGCUUAUCCUUCUACAGGAAUUGGACCGUAAGACAUGUUCCUGUGUCUGCAAAGGGUAUCACAAGCGUAUCUGCAAGAACAAAAAUGUUCCUCUAAACCCUAAAACCUGUGAAUGCGCUGAGGGUAGUGCAUCACAUGGAAUGUCUAAAAGUAAGUCGAAUCAGUCAUGGCCUUUUUUAAAAAGAUUGCAUAUUCCAAUAAACUUUGACGUUUUCUCGACUGACUGACUGACUGACUGACUGACUGACCUACUGUAUAUCUGGUCAGCUACCUAACUAACUGACUGACUGACCGAUGAUUGUCAAAUUAACUAAAUUACCAACUAUCUAACGGACUGACACUAUACAUGGAGACUUGUGAAGGAAAAACUUGUAUAAGUAUGUUAUUUUAUAUACACCUACUACCAAGGAAAACGUGAAAGGAAAAAUUUUAACGUAAAUGAGGUUUAAUGUGCUAUAUGGUUAAGAUUACCGAAUUGCAGACUUGACUUGACUUGCCAAAUUGUAUAACACUUAACUGUCUCUUAUCUCCCUCAACGACGAACAUCGUUGGGUACGGCACUUCAGUUGGUAUCCGCCUUAUAGUGAACCAAACUGGAGGAAGGCAGGUACCAACUCUAAUCGCUCGCAUUAGGGAUGUGUCCGUCCUAAAGACGUGUUCCUUAAGAGAGAGUCGAUAGCCUGCCUUAAGAGAGAGACGAUAGCAUGCAAAGCAGGCGUAUUUUGUAGCGCGAGCGAUGACAUGAAUGCUCUCCCACCAUCUUGGAUGUUUAUGCAGAUGGAGAGUUGGGGGCAGGUCAAAAAAUGAUUCUCAGGGAGAGGACAGUGGGUGACGGCCUGACGUGAUCACUUUGAUGAGCAAGCUAGACCGUCGACUACUGGCUAUUGAGAUAAAAGUUUUUAAGUUGCAGAUAUCAAUUCUAGGUAUCUAUCUCUUGCUUUUAACACAAGAUUUAAAGCUCCUGUGGUUUUGUUUUGUUUUUUUUUUCACAGGUUCGGUUACCUACGUUGUGAUUGGUACUCUUUUGGCAGUUCUAGUAGUUAUUGUGUUGUUCGUCUGGAAACUCUAUUGCCGGCGUAGAUGCAAAACGUCAAAGUUAGUUCAAGGGACUCCUGAGACAUCAUCAGUCGCGGGAUCAGUUGCUACGAACGAUUCAGGUAAUCUAAGUAAUGACAUAAUAAUCGGAUGAUAAGGUUCCUUUUGAUCCAUCUUCAAGUACUUUUCUCAUUUAGUUUAGCCGGUGCCAGGCUCUCGGACAGGGUGGGCGAGCGAGAAAAGCGAGCUAGCAGUGGGGUAGCGAACGAGAAAAAAUGGCGGGAAGAUAGAAUGGGAAGCCUGUUAGCACCACCGACUACCCCGCCCACUUCCUGAAAAACAGUUUCUCGUUUCAAAGUUUCAAAUAAUUGACGUAGUAAGAGUUGAAAUAAACUGUUACAAUAGACCAAUCAUAGGGUCUACCAGGCAGGGGCUGGUAUACUAGAAUCAGGUAUUGAAAAAAAUGAUUACAUGCUCCACUACUCCGUCUCUCCACAAGUCCCCCGCAAUUUUCGCUCAGCUUUCUCGAUCCGCUUUCCUCACUAUCUUGGAACAUGGAACAGGCUACAUUCAGUCACAUACUGACUUUUUAUAUAGUUUGGUAUGCACUGUGCGGUAUAGAAAUGGCUUAGAUGCAAGAUGCAUACUUUCUACGAGUGCGGUAGUUUUGCUCGGCUUUAUACAACUUUGCGGAAGAUUUAUAUCUUAUCUUUCAAGGGAAGACAAUGAAGUUCAAAACGAAAACUGGAGACUGCCACAAAGUUUUCAAGAAAGGAUAACAUCUCUGCUUUGCUAUCGCUGAAAAAUGUUUGGUUACUUUUUUGUACAUUUUUAAAGUUCAUGCUGACUUUGGCUUUUCCUGUAUUCUCAAGAACCUCGCAAGAAGACAAAACAAAAACAACAACAACACCAAAUUCGCUUCGUGGAGAACUGUCCUGAACUGAAACCGUGGCAGUUGAGUUGUAGUGUUGUGGUGUCUCCUUGAUCGCGAAAUAAAGCAAAACAAGUAUACGAAAACACAACAGGGAAAAAUAAAAUCACAGUUUGUAGAACAAUAAAAUCAACUUGACAGUCUCGAUAGCGGAUUAUGUCAACCUACUUGUUGCCCUUUAUCACGAAUAACACAAUUUAUGACGCAAACGUUUUGAUCGGUUCAGAGGUCAUUAAGAGCCCUUACCAUUUGCACGCACAGUUCGCCAAAAUUUUCCGUAAAAAGAUGCGGUCUUGUUUUCCGCUUAGUUAAAAAGGAACGGGAUUGAGUUGUGCCAUUUACAAAAAUACCGUUGUCCACUUUUUCUCGAAAAAAAGCAUGGCAUUCUUAGCACUGGUAAUUCACGCAAGGGUAUAGAAAAUUUCGAUCGUUUCGGUAAAAGUGGGAAAAAGCCAAUACCUCAGAAGGUGUACCUUUCUUCUGAAAAAUUUCCAGCGAGAUGAAACGUUCAAUUUGAUUUCUCACCGAAAUUUUCGAGUUUUCUAUACAAAUGGUAAGCACUCUAAGUCAUUGCUAAUAACUGCCUCUGCCUUAAGCCUCUGCCUACGGACAAUUGUCCGCUCAUGCGCAUUACAGACAAUGCUCUGCUUAUGCGCAUGCCCAGUUUGGACACCGUCUUUGAGGAAACAAAAAAGAUGGCGACCGGCUGUGCAUUUGCCCACUAAAUUACAAAACAAAACAAGCAUAACAAUCAUUGAACUUGGUUCUCAAAAUAUCGUGAUUUGUCAGUGUCUGGCAGAACAGUCAUUGCCUCAUAUCAGGGGCAAUGAGCGAUAUUCUCGCCACCAACAAAUUACGAUAUCAACACCGCCCAGUAAUAGUUUAAGACGUGACGACUUAUUUCCAGCCAUGCCCUUUAACUAGACACUAAUGUAUCUUUUUUGAAAUUGCAGGAUCUGACAGGUCAUCUGACUGUGAUCAUCAGUUUGUGACUAAUGUUUAAGAAAACAAACCACAGCAGCAACUACAAGAAAGGAACAUACAGAAUACAUGAGAUUAACUCUUAAGUGCAUUGUAUGUUCUUAAAAAACAACACUGUGAAUUUACAGUGAAGUAGUAUUUACCACUUUAAUAAUAAGUGAUCACUAACGAACGAACGG